AUGGAUAUGGAUGAGAUCAUCGUCGACCCUUCGCAGCCGCGCUUCGGCGUUCUGUCAGGGAAUGAGCAGCCCCAGCCCGAAGUCCGCUUGACGGCCGCUGGCCUGCCAAGGAAGAAGCCCGGUCGCAAGCCCGGCUCAACAGUCAAGCCCAAGAACCCAGACGACCCGCCAAAGGUGCGCCGACCGAGAAAACCUCGCGAUCCCAACGCGCCCCCGAUCCAGAGGAAGAGGAAGUCGGCACCCGGCCAAGAUGCGGACGCAGGUUCGGACUCUAAAUCCCUCGCCGCCGCGGCUGCUUCGUCCACAACGCCUCCUUCGAGACAAGCCAAGAUCACGGAUCUCGUCGGCCUCAGCUCGGAGUCUCGACCUAGCUCUGCCCAGCCCGAACACACGGCGCAGAAAGCCCCCAAGCGCGAAGAUAUCCCGCGUAGCAUGCAGAGCAUCCUCAACGAACCCGAGCCUGAAUCGAAACCACAAAGCGCGUCUCUGCCUACGCGCACCAGCGGGCAGAGCUACGACCCCAUUCGCGGUAACUAUGACCCUAUCAGAGAGAGCUUCGUCAGCGCCUCGUCUCCACGACCUCCCACGCAAACCAUCAACCGACCCAGCGCGUCGCCUUCGAUCGCCAGCCUCGUCGAACCCACGCACAACAUAACCUCUCCUUCCAACCAAACCUUCCGCACCUCAACGCAGUCGCGUGCACCGCAAGACUCUGGAUCACACCCCGCAUCGCCAUCGUAUCCCGUCAGGCCAAUGCCUCAGACAAUCUCCAAGCCGCCUGCCCCCGACGCGCAGAGGUCACUUGCUCCACCGCCUGUACCGGUUGCCAAGGCAGACAAAUCCAAGGAAGCCGCCUCCACAGCUGGAUCAGUCACCAGUAAGAAGCCGUCGCCCAAGCAGAAGCCCCAAAAGUCGGGUGUCACAUCCCCAAAACUCAGCGCCCUGGACGAACCCGAAGCGGGCAAUGCCGAUCGUUCAAUUCUCGACUUUGGAAAGUCCGGCGGCAAGGAGUAUAAGGCGCCCGAUAUCGUCCUAGACAUUCCUAUCAAACCGGGAGACACAAAUAUUUACGUCAACGUGAUGCGCAUGGCCGAGGAGAAGUACGGCUGGGACGCCCUCCACCCUCGUCUAGCCGAGAAGCGCGACCGAAAAGCGCGAAUUGCCGCCGCUUCAGCUGCUCUUGAGAAGACGGCAUCGGGCCAAGAAUCUGGCGACGAAAUGUCGGAGGACUCAGACAAGGAGGCAAGCAAUGUUGAAAUGGGCGGCAUGACGAGUGGUGCAGAGCCCGAGAAGCCCAAGAAGAAGAAGCGCAAUUUCAAGGAGGACGAAUACGACAAGGAUGAUGACUUUGUCGACGACUCGGAGCUUCUGUGGGAGCAACAAGCGGCGGCAAGCCGAGAUGGCUUCUUCGUUUACUCUGGACCUUUGGUACAGGAACCCGAGAAGCCAGCUGACAAUCUGAGACCUGACGGUUUGCCCAAGCGCGGUCGUGGCAGCAGAGGUGGACGCAUUGGUGGCCGUGGCGGUACUACUCGCGGCGAAGGAGGCACAGGCCGCGGCGGUGGUCCAGGUUCCAGAGGUGGACGCGGAUCGCGUGGCGGUUCCCUCACUCGCAAGCCGCGUAUCACAAAGUCGGAGAAGGAACAACGCGAGCGAGAGAAGCUCGAGAGGGAACGACAAGCCGAGUUGAGCAAAGGAAGCAACGGCUACUCAUUGCAGCCUCAAACGCCCUCUUUUGCCGCUGGAAUGGCCGGAGCGUAA